CUGGAUUUCCAGCAGCCGUCCACCCCUCCCUCUGAAUUUAAAGGGCCCGCUGCCUUGCAAAAGUUGGUUUGGAAAUAGAAGAAUGGUUGUUCGUGGACCGCACUUUGUCAUGGGACCUGUGCGUUUGGGGACGUUGUUUUUCGUUUUGGCAGUGUUUGGGGCUCGGGCCAGAACGCCGAAGGAGCAGGACGAUGACUUAGAACGCUUGCCCAGCAAAUGCGAAGUCUGUAAGCUGCUGAGCCUGGAGCUACAGGAGGAGCUGAGCCGCACCGGUCGAUCUCGAGAGAUGCUGGAGCUGGGGCAGGUGCUGGACACAGGCAAGAGGAAGAGACACGUCCCUUACAGCAUUUCGGAGACAAGACUGGAAGAGGCCUUGGAGAAUUUAUGUGAGCGGAUCCUAGAUUACAGUGUUCAUGCUGAACGCAAGGGUUCACUGAGAUACGCCAAGGGCCAGAGUCAGACCAUGGCAACGCUGAGAGGCCUGGUUCAGAAGGGGGUGAAGGUGGAUCUGGGGAUACCUCUGGAGCUGUGGGACGAGCCCAGUGUGGAGGUCACGUUCCUCAAGAAGCAGUGUGAAACAAUGCUGGAGGAGUUCGAAGACGUUGUGGGAGACUGGUACUUCCACCACCAGGAGCAGCCCCUACAGCAUUUUCUCUGUAAAAGGCACGUGCUUCCAGCUGCAGAAACUGCGUGUCUAGAGGAAACUUGGACUGGAAAGGAGGAGAUCACAGAUAGACAAGAGAAAACAGAAGGGGAGGAGGAGCAUGAAGAGGAGGAAGAAGAGGUAACCAAGACACCAGGCCACCCCAAGCAUGACCCAGAGGACCUUUGACUUGUCUUGGAGCCCCCAGGAAGGGCAGGGGUCAUGGAGAAGAACCUUCUGACGUCUGAGCUUUCCCUGCCCCACAGCUUUAAUGCUGUAUGUUGUGUGAGUGACCCAUUCCAGGGCUUGUAGCUGUUCUCUCCUAUCUGAGGCUAGGCAGGAUCCUGGUGGUACAGCAUGGCAUACUACUGGGAGAGGCUGGGAGCAGCAGGUUGAAGUCCUGCCCCAAUAGAUGGGCCCUCUGCCUGCCAUCCAGCACCCUGAAUGGCAGGUGUGUGUGCUGACAAUACCCAAGGCUUUCCCCUUUAAAUAUCUCUACUGCUUCCAGAGGUCAGCAGUGACUUUGGGGCUGUGGAGCUUGGGAAAGUCCCUUUGCCUCUCUGGGUCUCAGUUUUCAGACCUUUACAGGAAGAUCCCAGAGUAGACAUUCUCUACACUGUUUACACUGUCUGUGUCCAGGAGGCUAUGUGCCAGCAAACUGAACAAGAAUGAGAUCCUGGAUGGGGAUGGGACAACACUAAAUUAGGCAGGUAGAUACUUGGU